AUGCAUCAGUUGUGUUGAAGACUCUCAGAGGUAAUGCGCGUUGGUGUGAACGUUGUGUGUAUUUUUAUCAGUCAUGCAUUGUGUGAUAAAGAUUAAAUAUUGAUAAAUUUAAAUACGUAGUCGACAUAUUGCAUUACGUCACGCGGUUAAGUCAUGGACAAAAUAACCAAUCCACGAGUAUGUGUAAUCGGCGCGGGCGUCGCUGGGCUAUCUUCAGCCAGAUAUUUGAAGGAGGAGGGCAUCAACUUCACCGUCCUAGAAUGCACCAGAUACGUUGGAGGCACCUGGCGAUACGAUCCCAGGGUGGGGACAGACGAGAAUGGACUGCCUCUGCAUACGAGCAUGUAUAAACAUUUAAGGACAAAUCUACCAAAACCUACAAUGGAACUGAACGGGUACCGGUUACCUGAUGACACGCCUUCCUACCCCAGUUGGGAGCGCUACUACAAGUAUCUGAAAGAUAUUGCUGAACAUUUUGAUUUAGAAAAGCAUAUAAAAUUCCUACAUCUAGUAGUGUCAGUAAAGAGGAUAGAUAACGUGUGGAAAGUGAAGCACAAACAUGUCAUCACUGGAGAAGAGUUCAAUGAAGACUACGAUUAUGUUUUAAUAGGAACAGGACACCACAGUAAACCCAACAGACCUGUUAUAAAGGGAGAAGAGAAAUUCAAAGGAACCAUAAUCCACAGCCACGACUACAGAACCCCCGAGCCCUACGCCCACCGUCGCGUCCUCAUCAUCGGCGCCGGACCCUCCGGCAUGGAAAUCAGCUUAGUAGUCGCUGAGGUCGCCAGCCGUCUGGUCCACAGUCACCACUCGCCUGCCAAGUUCGAUGCCACAUUCUUCCCGAGCGUUUAUGUGAAGAGACCUGAUGUGCAGGAGUUGAAUGAGACCGGAGUCGUUUUCGUUGAUGGCAGUUUUGAAGAAGUUGAUGAUGUCAUUUUAUGCACAGGAUAUGAAUACGACUACCCCUUUCUCGACAGCAGUAGCGGGCUGACGUUUUCGACGAUAAGUGUGGUCCCUCUCUACAAGUACAUGGUCAAUAUACAUGAGCCCUCCAUGGUAUUCAUGGGGUUAGUGGUCCGCGCUUGUUUGGUCGUUGCUAUUGACGCUCAAGCCCGUUACGCCACGGCGCUAAUAAAGGGCAACUUCACUCUGCCGUCCAAGGAAGAAAUGAUGGCAGACUGGCAAUCACAUGUAGAUAAUCUUCUCGCCAAAGGACGCUCGCUGAAAGACAUACAUAUUUUAGCAGAUAAAGAGGACGCCUAUUACGAAGAUCUGACAAGAGAGUCCGGCAUCGCCCGCGUACCUCCAGUCCUGUUCAAGAUUCGCGACAUGGAUAUGAAGGCCAAAAUCAAAAACUUGUUCACGUACAGAAAUUAUGUGUACACUGUGCUUGACAACGAAACGUUCACGCGACGCCUGCAAGACGAGUCUACCACUUCGAACAAUACUGUUAUGUAAAUUCAAAUAUAUAUUUAUUACUU